AUGAUGAUUCCUUUUCUUCAUAAUCAAAUUCACCACAACAUGAGUAUGGAAUCUCCACCUCUCCAAUAUGGUUCUUAUUGUAGUAAUAGACCACUAGGAAUUCAGGCUCACUCUAUGAUUCAUAAACUUACUCAUUUUUCAUCCAAUGGGUUUGGAAGAACUUUUGGACAUCAACAUCAUGGUUUGGCAAGGCCCAUUUUUCAUCAACAACCUGGAAUUGGGAAGCUAGCAAUGGAAAGUUUCCACAAAACAGGAUUAUCAUCACGAGGCAGUGCUGGUAGAUUCCAAGUGAUGCUCAAUUCAACAACGAGUGAAGAAAUCAUUCGAUACCCGGUUAGUGGAACUCGUUUGCAGACUAACCAAGAAGAGAUGAAGCAUCUUGACUUAUCCCUAAGGUUGUGUUUGGAUGGGGGAAUAUUUGAGGGGAAUGUAAUUUUAGAGGGUAUUUCAAAUCCCUUCAAUUAA